AUGCACUAUGGGGUUCUUACCUGUUUUGGAUGUAAAGGUUUUUUUCGAAGAACGCUGAAACGAGCAACAGAAUACAGCUGUAAACAUAAUGGCAAUUGUAUAGUUGAUCGACAUGAAAGAAACUCGUGUCGUUACUGUCGGUUCAAACGUUGUUUAGAAGUUGGUAUGGAUCCCAAAGCGGUGCGACCAGAUCGAGAUGCUACUGGUAGGCAUUAUCAGGCCAGAGUAAGACGCUCAAAAUUGAUUGGUGAUGAUGAGAAUUACGAUCUUCCCGUUGGCGAUGACUGGUGUCGAAAAUUACCAGUUGAAAUGCGAACCACUUUAAUGCAACUGAUGAACAUAGAACUUAUUGUUAGUGAUUUUUACCAUUAUGCUAAAUCAAUCUAUCCUCUGCCGUUCAAAUCAUUAAAACAGAUUUUGGAUGACCCGUCAUUACUGGAUGGUUCAAGAACUGAAAUGCGUUAUGAACCGUACCGAAAAAUUGCGAAGGAUGAGUUGCUUGCAAUUGCACACCGACGGCUAAUCGCAAUAAUCGACUGGGUUGACAACCUUUCUGAUAUUAUGGAUUUGCAAUCUGUAGAAGACAAGUUGAUACUGGUAAAAAGUGGGUUUGCUCCAUUGACUAUUUUCGCAUUCUGCUCAUCUACUAUUAUAACAGUUUUUCAAAGAAUUAGCGAAUUAUUUCUAUUAAAAAAUAUAAGUCCAAUAACAUCUCAUUGCAGUCACCUUUCAAACAGAAUCAUUGAUCGUUCUUUGGAUGAGUUAGUCGAGCCCUUUCGAGCUAUGCAUCUGAACGAAGAAGAAACCGUACUUUUAAAAGCCAUAAUAGUCCUAAAUCCCUACCUCAAACACUUGUCAAAAGAAGCCUCUGAACAAAUAGCAGAAAUGCGCGAUCGAAUUCAAGAAACUCUUUAUCAUGUAGUACGAGAAACCCACCCUAAAGAAGCUGCUUCAUCGCGAUUUGGAAACUUACUUCUUUUCACGCCAACUAUAAUGACUCUGGGAAACAUAAUGUACGAGAAUCUACAGUUCGUGCAAUCUUUUGGUAAGCAAAGCAUUGAUCCGCUGCUGUGCGAGCUACUUGAUAACAUCGAACCAGUUGAGGACGUCAGACUCCCAUACUGCGACGACUUUAACGAUUUGGCUAUGCGGCCCUCCACUUCUUCGUCUUCGGUAUCCUCAUUGUUUUCUGGAUACUCAGAUGAAUCGAUUUUCAGUUUUUUGCCGUCGCAACAGCAAUCCCUCGCGCCAAUAAAUCCAGUAGAGUGUCCCGGCUUAAGCAAUGCUUGUUCCUUACCAAAUUUAGACCAGAUGGAAUCCGAUCCGGAUUACAACGUAACUCUUACCGCUGACAUGUUCACAGGAAUGAGGCAAGCAAUGAGCGCCGCUCAAAACAUGGACGUUGAUAGGCAUGACACUCCACCAAAUUCGCCACAAUUUGGUUACACGCCCGUUCCUACUCCCCGACCUCAUUUCUUUCUGGAGAAGUAUGGUAACAGGCACAGGUUUACGGUGACUGCACGUAGACUUAGCGCAGAUCAACCAAAUCUUACGCCAACAAGAGCUGAUUCAAGUGCAUCAUCUAUUUCUAAAACGUCUUCAAAUUCAACGACACCAAUUCCAAUUACUGUUGCAGGCCUACAGACAGCAAAUGGUAAACAGUUUUCAUUUACAUAG